GCGAGAGUCUGGCCGUAUAAAAGGGGGCCUCAAGACAACUACGGAGCAUCAGUCCUCAAAUCAAGGAACAGCAGCAACCAUGAGGGCAUUCAUGAUAUUGGCGCUCGCCAGUGUGGCGCUCGCACGACCCGAAGCCGGGUACUCGUACCAGCAACCAAGUGUACCAAGUGGUAGCUACGGCGCUCCGGGAGGCUCUUUCGGAGGUGGCCACUCAGGCGGCGGCGGUGGCGGUGGCGGCGGCGGCGGUGGUAGCAUCGGUGGAUUCGGUGGAGGCGGCCACGGUGGUGGCGGCAGCAUCGGCGGAUUCGGAGGCGGUGGUCACGGAGGUGGAAGUGGUAUCGGCGGUUUUGGAGGCUCCGGACACGGAGGCAGUGGUGGAUUCAGUAGCGGCGGAUUCGGAAGUGGAGGCGGCGGUGGAUUCGGAAGCGGAGGCGGCGGCGGCGGCGGCGGCGGCGGCGGCGGCGGCGGCGGAUUCGGAAGCGGCAGUGGAGCCGGUUUCGGAGGUGGCACCCUCAUUCAGAAGCACAUCUACGUCCACGUGCCUCCACCAGAACCCGUCGAAGACCGACCACUUCGUACAUCGCCUGCCCUUGCCCCGGCCCAGAAACACUACAAGAUAAUUUUCAUUAAGGCCCCGACUCCACCAACCCCCGCUGCUCCCAUUAUCCCAGCUCUGCCAGCACAGGACGAGCAGAAGACCCUCAUCUACGUCUUGGUGAAGAAGCCCGAGGAUGCACCCGAAUUCAAUCUGCCCACAGUUGCACCAACCCAACCAAGCAAACCUGAAGUUUACUUCAUCAAAUACAAGACUCAGAAGGACGGAGGUAGCGGCGGCAGCGGAAUCGGCGGAAUCGGCGGAAUUGGCGGAAUCGGCGGAAUUGGCGGCAUCGGUGGUGGUGCUGGUCACGGAGGACUCGACGGUGGACUGGGCGGUGACAGCGGUCUCGGCGGUCACGGCACCGGUGGUCACGGAUCGGCUAGCUCCGGCAGCGGAACCUCGUCCGGGCUGAGCUCGAGCUACGGGGCCCCGGGAGCCUCCGGACCUUACUAGUCAAUUCCCCAGCACUUUCCUCCCGGCUUCUUCUCCGCCCAGCUUCCUCAGCAGUAACACCACGACAGGCACUACCACGACAACCCCCUCACC